CGUAGAAACACAGCCCAAUUCGUGCUCAAGCUUAUUUUUUUCGAAGAGGGCGCGUAUAAUAUUUGAGUUUCUCAGAAAAGACUAAUUUCAGUGAUUUCUGUAUCGGAAUUUGUGCUUGAAAAAUCUUGUCCACAUAUGCACGUGUGUGUGUGUGACAUAUGCACAUGUAUGAGCGUAAUUUGCAACGAAAAACCGGCUUCAGCUCUUUCCAUUGGUUUUUACGUGCCCUCGCUAUCUCGUUCACGCACACGGUGCCUUCGCAUCCAUUCGGUUAUCUGUUGAUUGCUGCCAUACUUGCCCUCCCAGCGUAUUUUCCACGCCCCUAGCCAGAGCUACUACUGAAAAUGGCUCCGAAAAAGCACAAUGGGUUCAUGGCGUUCGUCUCCGACUGGCGCGUAAAUAACCACGAGGGUCGUGCCUUAACCAUUUCUGAGGCGGUGACAAAGUGUGGAAUUCUUUGGAAGAAUAUGAGCGAGCAGGAACGUGGCCCGUACAACUCGAUGGCUAAGAAUUCCAACGUGCUGGAGAGAGCAGCAAAGAAGGAGCGUCUCACCUGUCUGGGCGAUGCCGUCUCAAAAAUAGAAAUGGAGAAAAACGAGGCCAUAAACGCAGAGCUUCAAAUGAAGCGUAAGAUCGAACGCAUUAUUUUGAAUGCAAAGAAUUCGAUAGAGAAAGAGUUGGAGGAUGAGGAAUUUGUGUUUGUUAGCUUCAAUUAUUUUACCAAGGCCCUGACUGGGGAUAUUUACGUGCCCGCGGAGUUUUCCGCCUGCCGCUACUCUCUGAAGGGUGGCAUCAGCUCUAAUUACAGCAGCAUGAUUAAUCCAGGUCACAUUAUCUUUGGACAGUACAGCGAUGCCCAACAUCAUUCGCUGACUACCCACAAGCUGCCCUUGCCACCGAAGGCCAUGGGCGAGACUAACAUGGGCAGAUUGUACAUUGAUAUCUUGAAUUGGUUGUCCAUGAGCAAUGAUCAGGAGGAUCAACAAUAUGACCACGAUCCGAUCAUUGUCUACACGACCCCAGCUCUAAUGCCGGUGGUAAAGUCUUGCUUCCGCUAUCUGGGAUGCGAGGCCGAGACCGACAAAGAUGCUCGAAAGAUUGUGGUGUACGACAUCUUCCACUUGUUUCACACCCUGAAGAAGAAUGUUUUGGACAUGGCUGGCGUUCCGAACGAGCACAUUAACUUCCAUGUGACUACAAACUUCUUUACCAAAGACUUUUUUGAAUUUACCGCAGAUAUUGCGUGCGACUACCAUGAGGAAAUCGAUCGCUCCAAAUACUGUACCAAGAGCAUGGUCAUGCGUUGGGGAUUCAUCUUUAGCGACUACAUUUGCGCUGACCUGGCCAUUCCGCUCAAGCCUGGCAAGCACAUUCCCCCUAAGGUCAAGCCAAACUAUACCGUCACUCCUGGGGACUGUUCGUCAAACUUUGAUGAGGUUUCGCUUGAUUCAUUUUAUUCAGCUCCAUCGCAAAUCAAGAAGGAAAUCGGAUCGCGUGACUUGUCACCGACCAGCAGCCGUCAGUCGGUAUCAAGCUCGUAUGUACCGAGAGAUCACACCAUCUAUGACGGUGAGUUGUCUAACGAUGGUGAAUUUCCCAGCCUGGGUGGCCGCCGUCCGAAGAUUCCCGCCAAAAGCCAUUUUAGCAUGGGAAGUGGUAAAAGAAAUCCACGCUAAUACCCAUUUACGUUUAUUACAUUAUUAUUACGAGUAUUUUCAUCAUUAUCAGUUCAUGAACUCGCUAGUACGAAGCAAGCAAUCUUUUUUCUUAUAACACGACCCUUCUGCGAAGAGAAUAACAUUUAUUAUGUAGGAAUAGCCAACAAUUCAAUCAACAAAUACAUAUAUAUCAUCGACUAU